AUGCUGUGGGAGCGAAACCUCAAUAUUAAUGACAAGGUCAGGAACCGGCAAGUGCAGCCUGUCUACCUAUCGAUCUAUUGGCAGGCUACGAUCGGAAAAACCUUAGCUCACGCCCAAGUUGCAUGGGAGCAAAAUGCACCUCCUGACCAGGGUAUCGAUAGAACAGGCUCCUUUUCCGGCAAUUGCAGAUUGGAGAAAUAUGCGUUCUCCGUGCUGCACCCCGAGUUUCUUUUUAAUUGA